AUGAGUAUCGUCUCGAAAAUCCCUUAUGGUGUCGUCAUCAAGUCCAACCAGUUCAAACUACUUCAUGGAACUCAUGCCUUAGAGGUUCUGAACCCUAAACUCGACUCUUCUUUGUUGAAGAUCCAACCCUUUGAUUUGAUACAUUCUUGCACCACUAUAGAUGAUCUCAAUGGCAUCACCUGUGGUCUUUAUAGAGCCCUUUCUGCUUGGCUUGAUAACAAUUCACUCAGUGUAUCUGUCCUUAGUUGUGCUUAUAUAGAGGAGUUAUUGAUGGAUUAUCGAGACAAUGGACUGGUAUCAUCUUCUGAUACUUCCGAUUCGCUCAAAGAUCAUGUUCUUGUUCCCUUUUCGCUGGGAAUUCUACAGUUUGUCAAGUUUGUCCUUAAACUUGGUCUGGCAGGUGUUGUAUGCGAAGAAGAAGAUAUAAAUACUCAAACCAUGGAUCUAGAUAUGAUUCAAAACGUUCCAUUACAAUCUGUCAUUGACCAGAUAGAAUGUGCCCUGAAGUGGGUGUCCGAUAAGUCUGAUGUGUCCAACAAGUCUGAUGUGUCCGACAAGUCCUAUUCGUUCUUAUACGACUCAGUUCGUUUACUCACACUCCUUCUUCAACUACCUUCACUUUUAGAGAUCAAUUUAGAGCCAUUUUCGGAUCAUCAGACUCCACAAGUGUCUGAAAAACUGCAAAAGAUCGUCUCAGAUCUAACUAAAGCAUUGGAAUUACUUGAUAAACUCGGCAAAUCAUCUGAUUAUGCUACCAAAAUCAAUCCACCACUCAAUUGCUUCAGUACAAACGUUCAGAAACGUCGCAAUAAUAGAAGUCCUCCCAAACCAGUGGUUCUACUCAGUUUUAAAGACUCCAUAGAAAACUUUAGACGACUUGUACAGGAUUCUUUAACUAUUCUCCACAUUACUGAAACACGGGAUAGUAUUCAACUGGUUGAAUUCUUAAAGUGUUGUAUGAAUAAAAGAGAAGCUACAAACGACGAGGAUGAUGUUUUAGGGCUCCAUGUGGUUCCAAGAUCCUUACUACAACUAUUCUUAAUUCGUGAUGAUGAAACUAUCCUUGGAUCUCGUAAAGGAUUCAAUAUUGGCUCUUUGUUAUACGAUUUUAUGUUGAGAAUAUGUGUUCAGGAUGCCAGGAUUUUGAGCUGUUCGGAUUCGACCAUCCAGACCAAAUUACAGUUGCUUCUUGGCGAUAUGAAGGUACCUUUCUUUCAUUUUCUGUCGUGUGUCUCACAAAAUCCGGCCAGACAGCGACAGUUUAUUGGUAAAGAGGUGAUCUAUUGGGACAAGUUCCAAGUGGAGUCAGAGAAUUUGGAAUCUUCAGUGAAUUCGUCCAUUCCAGACAACUUCGAUGGUGGUGCAUCAUUUCCAAUAAUGCCUGUGGCAUCGUUUGUUUACUUCUCGAAAUUGAUCAGCAUGAUUGAUUUGAUGUUAAAGUCAAUCGAGCUCAACCUCUUCAAGGAUCUUAGAGAGUUAAACGUUGGCUAUUGGCUCACAUCAUAUUUGAUUGACUAUUUACUUCAACAUCUUAAUAGACUAUUGGAUGUGGUGAAGUUACGUCGGAAACAGUUGGUGGUUAGCUAUGGCAAGAGGGUUAAAGGAGAUAAGAAGAAGGCAAAGCAGCUUCAUGCUGAACAACUGGUUCGAUCAGAAAGUUAUUUGAACUAUCAAGUUAGCCGAUACUCGAUUUAUAGGACGAUGAUUGAACUAAAGUUGGUGGAAUUACAGGUAUUAAACUAUUUCGGAUACUUGAAAUUGCCUAAACUGUGCAAAGUAUCCGAGACUUUGCUCUUUAACUUACAAUUGAAACCAUUUCAAUCAAUCGGAGUACCAGAAUUACCCUCUUUUGCGGAUUAUAACGAUGCCAUGGCGAAAUUUAACGAUGCCUUUGGCCAGGUGGUAAAGAAUGGAGACUACAUUUACUUCCGGAAGCUAAUCAAGUCCAAGUCGAUCGACUUGAAUGCAUUUUUCCGUACCAUUCAGAUCCAACUGGACGCAUUGGAAUGGCCGUCCUUCUUAAGUGACUCUAUAAAAGAGGACUUGAUGGAGUUGAAGAGAUCUUCUAUCUACACAGAGCUUUCACUCGGACAAGUCGUGAAGAUUCUUGAGAAAGAUGUCGAUAAUGCAAGGCACUUAGACGUGUACAUAGAGAGAAAGAAACAUCACCUAUACUUUCCAGAUAUUAAGGUGGUGAAGAAGGAAAAAAAAAUGAUUACGUAA